GCCUAGUAGCUGGUACUAUUCGGUUUUGAGCUAAGAACGGCUGUAUGUGUUUUAACGUGUUAGUGAGAAACCUUUGCUCAUCAGAUAAACCGGUUGAAUUGAUAACUUCUAAGUAACGCCAUAAAACCCCUGGGUUCUGCAUUUAGAUUCGCUAGCCAUUUAGCUCGUGAGCAAACCAACGGUGACUCGGGCUGCUGCGGUGGAACUUGAGACUUCUCAGUGCAACUUGAGUGAGAGCUGAUAGCUAGUUAGCCAACUGAAGGUUUGGGGUAACGUGGCACAAACAUUUAUAUAAAAAUGGAGCCAGCUGCCCUUAUAGCUCUUACUUUAGUGAUCGGAGCCUUGAUUCUUCUGGUUGCCGUCGCAGUAAGCAAAAGGAAAGGCGAAUUGUCUGAACAAGUGGAACAGAAAGAAGUCUCUGUAGAGGAGAACGUGGCGAAAUCAGCCCCAGCCAAAAAGCAGAAAGCCCAACAGCGUCCAAGGAAGGAGAGAGUCCAACAACAUACCUUCACUCACCCGCUGCUGGCUUCCUCUCUAAAAAGUCACAACAGCAGUGUGACCUGUAUCGAUUUCAGCAGUAAUGGGAAGUACCUGGCCUCAUGUGCGGAUGACCGGACAGUUCGAAUAUGGAGCACCAAGGACUUCAUGGAUCGAGACCAUCGCUGCCUGCGGGCUAAUGUAGAACUAGACCAUGCUACACUGGUCCGAUUCAGCCCAGACUCAAGGGCUUUCAUCACCUGGUUAGCAAAUGGAGAUACAAUACGGAUUUUUAAAAUGACUAAAAAGGAAGAUGGAACAUUCAUUUUCAAAGCUAAUCCAGAAGACUUCCCCCAAAGACACAAGGCAAAUGUUAUUAAUAUUGGAAUAGCAGAAACAGGCAAAUUUAUCAUGAGUGCAUCUAGUGACACUACUAUUCUGGUGUGGGACCUUAAAGGAGAGGUGCUGGCCUCUAUAAACACUAACCAGAUGACCAACUCCUAUGCUUCUAUCUCGCCUUGUGGAAGGUUUAUUGCUUCCUGUGGUUUCACCCCUGAUGUGAAAGUGUGGGAGGUCUGCUUUGCGAAGAGUGGGGAGUUUAAAGAGGUGGUGCGGGCGUUUGACCUCAAAGGGCAUUCAGCAGGUGUCCACUCGUUUGCCUUCUCAAAUGAUUCCCGCAGAAUGGCGACCGUCUCCAAAGACGGCACGUGGAAGCUGUGGGACACAGACGUGGAGUACAAGAAGCAGCAGGACCCCUACCUCCUCCGCACUGUCCCCUGCAAGUCCUCGGAGGGCAGUCGGAUCGCCCUGUCGCCUGAUGCGCGCGUAGUGGCCGUGUCCAGUGGCUGCGACAUCGCCAUGUUCAACGCCGCCACUGGUGAGCUGGAGGAAGAGUUCCAAGGCGUCCACUCAGAAGAGAUCAACAACAUGAAGUUUGACAUUAACGGCCGCUUCCUGGUCUCCAGCGGCGACCGCGCCAUCCGAGUGUUCCACAACGCCACGGGCUACCGUGCCGCGAUCCAGGACAUGCAGGCCAUGCUCAAGAAGGCCUCGAACGAGGGCAUGCGGCUGCGGCUACAGCAGCAGAUUCAGGAUGCGCAGAGCGCCCUGGACACGGUGCUCGCCGGCGCAGGCAAGGACUGAACCUGACAGGACUGAAACUGAGCUGACGGGAAGCCACCUCUUGUGGUGGCCUCCUCCACUUCCUCCUCCUCAUCCUCGAGCUCCGUGUCCGGUCUGGAGGUCUGGCUGACGGUGAAGAUGCCUUUGAUCUGUGACAUUUGCAUGUUGAUUUUAUGCAGAAUAAAAAGUGUUUGUAAGAAUG